GUUUGUUUGUGUGCUUGUUGUGUGGGAGACCAUCCGUGUGUGUGUGUCCCAUGUGGAAAUGCUUGUGUCUUGGGAGCUCGGUUGUCUUGGAUGUGCUUUGCCUCGCCAAGUCAGAUAGGACGACGACCGAAAGCAGCUCCCACCUCAGGUAGGCACAAUCCUCACCAUUCCUUUUAGACCAAAUAUAUUAUUGAAAGGGCUUGCUUGUCAGUGCACCUCUAGUCGAUCUUCAUGGCAGACCUUUUUUCGCUUUUACUGCUGCUGCCUGCCGUGAGCUGCAGCCUCCACACCCACAAGGACUCGACGGCACUCCCUCCGCCGGCUCACAUCCUGGCUGCACUUAGGAACCAGGAGGCCGGCCAUGUCGACCCAAAAUUAACACAUGCCCAUGUAGACCAAGGCAACGGCAAGGUGGGCAUCUUCAUUGUGGCGGCAGCUGGAACGUGCACCUUCAUGGCUGUUGUGUACUGCAUCUACAGCAAGUUCUACAGCAAACAACCUUACCUACACACCCAACUUGAAGAAGACUCAGAUCCGACGGGCUCGCCUUCGAUGUAUUUCCAAGCCGCCGGUGAGGCUGACAUGCGGGGCGGAACCGGGUAUGGUUCCCUUUCAGACACGCCCUCUGUCAUCUCUGUCCCCCCUUAUCUGUCCCCGCCUCCUUCCUCCAUGCCUUUCCCCCCCCUCUUUGCCUCUUCCUCCUCCUGUUCUUCCUCGCGCUCCCUCAGAACCAUCUCGGCCAAAGACCUGCAGCAGAGUUGUAUCUGAAUAGCGAGUAUACUCUCAGGAGGCGGGGGGGGGGGGGGGCACGUUGACUUAAUCAGUACAUAAACGCAUGUUGUGAACAUUUUUGUGUAUUUGUAGUCCAAAUAAACAAGAUCCCAUAGCAAAUGAUCAUUUCCACAUUUUAAUGAUUAUUCAUUGCUCCCAGUAUUAGGAUUUUUUUUUUUACGCAAUGCAAAAAGUGUUUUCAUUUACAAUGCACAAUGUCUGCUGUUGCAUUUAAAUUCUUCUCAUAUUUCUUCCCAACCCACCCAGUGCUUCCUCGCUUCACUCCCAUUUGUUUUCGCUCCUUCCAUUCAUGGUGCGCUGCUUCAUGGCGUGUGUGUGUGGGGGGGAGGCGGGGAGGGGGGAGCUAUACCUGGGACUCACUCUAGCGGUCCCACUCACUCGGGGAGAUUAGGCUGCGGUAAUCUGGACUCAGGCGAAGGCGAGAGAGAGAGAGACAGCCAUCAGCCAUGACUUCCGUCCCAAGUUGCCUCCUGUGGGCAUCCCACCUCCCCAGAACGUAAUCAUUUCUUUUGAUUUUCUAUCUUCACAAAACUGAGGACAACACUUGGACAAUGUUUUUGAAAUCAAUUUUACUCCAAGGCAGCUAGAGUUCGGAUGUGUUAGUGGCAUCCAAGAAGCGUGCGCACCAGCACAGGACUAAGCUGUUGGGAAGCGCGCACGGGCUGGACGAGUGAGGAUGGAGAUCCGGCCGGACAGGUUUAAGGCUGCGGCUGCCAAAACUCUGGGCAAAAUAUAUGGGGCUCUGGAGAAGAAGCAGGAGAAUGGCGAGACCAUCGAGCUGUCGGCCGAGGGUCGGCCGGAGCUGGUGGAGGAGAAGGAGCUGCCGGUGGUGGACUGCACGUGCUUCGGCCUGCCCCGCCGCUACAUCAUCGCCAUCCUCUCCGGCAUCGGCUUCUGCAUCUCCUUCGGCAUCCGCUGCAACCUGGGCGUGGCCAUCGUCAGCAUGGUCAACAGCCACACCGUCUACAGGGACGACAAGGAGAUCAUCGUGAAAGCGCAGUUCGAUUGGGAUCCGGAGACGGUCGGAAUGAUCCACGGUUCCUUCUUCUGGGGUUACAUCGUGACGCAAAUUCCCGGAGGGUUCAUCUGUCAAAAGUUUGCCGCUAACAGGGUGUUUGGAUUUGCCAUUGUGGCCACUUCUUUCCUCAACAUGCUCAUCCCAUCGGCAGCUCGCAUGCACUUUGGCUGCGUCAUCAUUGUCAGGGUGUUUCAAGGCCUUGUGGAGGGGGUGUCCUACCCUGCCUGUCACGGCAUUUGGGCCAAAUGGGCGCCUCCACUCGAAAGAAGUCGCCUGGCUACGACAGCCUUUUGUGGUUCUUAUGCGGGUGCCGUGAUUGCUAUGCCAUUGGCUGGAAUCCUGGUCCAGUACUCAGGAUGGUCCUCAGUCUUCUACGUCUACGGAACCUUUGGUAUCAUGUGGUACUGCUUCUGGAUCAUGGUGUCUUAUGAAAGUCCCGCCGCCCAUCCCACCAUCACGGAGGAGGAGAGGAAAUACAUCGAGGAGAGCAUCGGCGAGUCAGCUCAACAUUCGGUGUCGAAAUUCAACACACCCUGGAGGGCCUUUUUCACAUCCAUGCCCGUGUACGCCAUCAUUGUGGCAAACUUCUGCAGGAGCUGGACCUUCUAUUUGCUCCUCAUCAGCCAGCCUGCCUACUUUGAGGAGGUGUUUGGCUUCGAGAUUAGCAAGGUGGGAAUCGUGUCAGCUCUUCCCCACCUGGUCAUGACCAUUAUUGUGCCAAUCGGAGGCCAGCUCGCCGACUACCUGCGUUGCAACCACAUCAUGACCACAACCAAUGUCAGAAAACUCAUGAACUGUGGCGGCUUUGGCAUGGAGGCCACGCUGCUGCUGGUGGUGGGCUUCUCACACACAAAGGGUGUGGCUAUCUCCUUCUUGGUUCUGGCCGUGGGAUUUUCAGGAUUUGCAAUAUCAGGAUUCAAUGUCAACCACUUGGACAUUGCUCCGCGCUAUGCCAGCAUCCUCAUGGGCAUCUCCAAUGGGGUGGGCACGCUGUCCGGUAUGGUUUGCCCGCUCAUAGUCGGUGCCAUGACGAAACAUAAGACGCGGGAAGAGUGGCAAGGCGUGUUUCUCAUCGCCUCUCUUGUUCAUUACGGAGGCGUUAUAUUUUAUGGCCUCUUUGCAUCCGGAGAGAAGCAAGCCUGGGCUGAGCCGGAGGAGCUGAACGACGAGAAGUGCGGCAUCCUGGACGAGGACGAGUUGGCCAACGAGACCGAUGAGCUAUACCGUACGAGUGGCGGCUACGGCGCCACCGACCAGGGGGCCGACCCCAACGGGGGUUCUGGAGGUGGCUGGGUGUCGGAUUGGGACAAAACAGAGGAGUAUGUGCAGCCGGCCGGAAGCAACAAUUACCUUUACGGCGGAGAUGAGGAGCUGACAUAAAGAGGAACCGUGCUGGUAAUGUUUACAGCAACUACAUCACUUGGUGGCAAGCGGAACUUUCAAAUGGUCUCUUCCACGUGGUUGAGGCAGACUGCACGCUGGACAUUAGUCAAUGUACGAUGUGUGUUUACGUGUGGUUGCAUCGUGUCUUAGGCCUUAGGAGGCCUGUGUUUAUCUAUUGUAGACGUUUCUAACUGAACAAACGGGAGGUGUGUUUUAUUUCUAUGCCUCAAGCAAUACAAAAAAAAGUCAAGUUGUUUCAAUGAACGGCUGUGAGGAAUAAUAACAAAGGGGAUUGAUUUGCCUCCAUGUGCACAAUUUUAAGACAUCUUGUGCCAAUAUAGCGACAUUUAAUCAUAUAACCUGUUUGACAUUUUGGAUUUGUAGGUCUGAGUGCACUAUUAACGAUUAAAAGUUAGUUUUACCA